UUCACUAAUUGUAUUUCUUUAAAAAUUCCGUUCCCCACAGGCUAUUGGACUGUAUAUUUAACUAUCACAUUCACGUCUAUUCCGCAGUACACUUUGCCGUGGUAUAGAGAGCGAAGCAGAUCGGAGGAUUCAGAGAAGAGAAGAUGGGUUUGAAGGAGGAAUUUGAGGAACAUGCUCAGAAAGCUAUGACCCUGCCUGAGAAUACUAGCAACGAAAACAAGCUUAUUUUGUAUGGACUGUACAAGCAAGCCACUGUUGGACCUGUGGACACCAGUCGUCCUGGUAUGUUCAACAUGAGGGACAGGGCUAAAUGGGAUGCGUGGAAGGCUGUUGAAGGAAAAUCGAAAGAGGAAGCAAUGAGUGAUUAUAUUACGAAGGUGAAACAAUUACUGGAAGAAGCUGCUGCUUCUAGUUGAUGUCAUGAAACUGCGAGCUGCUUCCUAAUAACUUCUAUUUGAAGAAAUUGUGGAAAAAAUAAUAGUAAUAUUGAACAUUAUCAGCUUCUGUAGUGGUAUUGUGUCUGUUAUGAAUUCUGUAUGCUUGAAUGAUGUAUUUUAGGUUCUUGUGUUGGACAUGAUCUUAGCAAAUGGUAUUUGGAGAUCUGGAGUUGAAAACUUAAACCCUUAGGCUGUUGAGCUGGGGAUUGGUAACUUGAUCCCUUGAACCUGCACUUUAUUUAAUUAUAUAUUUAUUAUUGUUAUUAUUAUCGAAUUUUCUUUUCUCUAA